CAUUCGCAGUUCAAGUGGCAGCUGUGUAUAUCAUUUUUGAUAAUUUGAAGUUUGCUUUAGAAUCUCGACAGUGAUAUUCUAUAUUUGACCCAUUUUAACGUUCACACAGAUUCUUAGGUCUCAUUCGGCAGUAAUUUUGGAUCAGUUUUUUCAAAUUUGUUUAUUUUUACUCGUUACAUAAGUUACAAGGAGCCCAAUUCUAUUAAAUUUUUGCUUGAUUCUGAGAUUAUUAAGAUGAAAAAUCGAUUACUCGCAGACGAAUCGAGGACACAUUAAUAAUUAUCGCACCAUCGAAAGAAAAUGUUCGUCAGGUGUACGGCUGUCUCUCUUCUUAUCGCUAUUUGUUCGAUUGGCGAAACCUUCGCAACGCACAAUCAGACGGCUGCCGUAGCAAGUGGUCGGAAUGCAACACACAUACACAAGUGGGUGGUGGGUGGUGGCGAUGCAGGACCAACCCCCUAUCAGGCAUCUCUGCAGAAAGGUGGACACUUCUGCGGUGGCGCAAUCAUCGAUCGUCGGUGGAUUCUGACGGCGGCGCACUGUAUAACGGACUUGUUGCCGAGAGAGUUGACGGUGGUUGUUGGAACUAAUCGGCUGAGUAGGGGAGGCUUUCGAUUUGGGGUGGAAAAGCUAAUCCGACAUCCGUGGUACGAUAGCAGCAGGACGGCGAAUGAUAUCGGUUUAGUGCAGAUUUUGGGAUUAUUUCUAUGGUUGCCUGGAUUGGUGGGAAGGGUUAGCAUCUCGAGUGAUUAUGUGGCUGCUGGGACGGAAGCGGUGCUGACUGGUUGGGGAGGGACUCAGCAAAAUGUGGGACCACUGUCGGAUCAGUUGCAGUUCAUUCGGUUGCGUGUGAUUGGGCAGCCGCAGUGUAGAGAAAAACUGAGCAUUAUUCAGAAUGGACACAUUUGUACCCUUAACAGGGAAGGUGAAGGAAUUUGUGAGGGCGACUCGGGCAGCCCACUGGUCAGUGGUGGGCGUGUUAUCGGUAUCGCGAACUUUGGCGCUAACUAUGGCUCGAAAGAGUGUGCCGCUGGCCUACCUGAUGGAUUUGCGAGAGUUUCCUACUACUACAGAUGGAUAGAGAACAACAUUCGGCGCCAAAGUUUGGGAAUUUUUGGACUGUUUUUAUAAACACUUGUUGCGCUGCUCAUGCGAUGUUCGGAUUUAUUUGAAUUCAAUGUCACUCUUCUCUGCAAUACUGAUGUUUUGUAACACAUUCUCGUCAAAUUUAUAAACGCGUUCCAUGUGUUUCUCGA